UCUCAUUUUCUUUUCAAAACAAACACAGCAUUAAAUUCUCGUAGUGGUGAGAAAUCGCGAGAGGGAGAGAACGAGAACGAGGGGAAUGACACGGAGGGAUUGAAAGGCACGGUGGUUACUGCGAUUUUGGCCGGGGAAGGUAGCAGGGGGUUUCAAGGUGAAGCCACGACGGUGGCCGCAAUUUUCAGGUGAUGUGGUGGCUGGGUUGAUGGUUCUGUGUGAGAUGGUUGUGCUGAGUUGGGGGUUUGGGUCUUAUGGUUGUUUGGUACCUCCGGUGACGGAAGCCACCGUGGGUCACCAGAAAAUAUAGAGACUAUCAUGAUUGAUUACAGAGGCUGAUUCUUCAGGGUGAAGAACUGUGAAGGUUAAUGUGUGCUUUAGAAGGGAACUAAUAUCUGGUAUAUGAAGAUGCUCAUGAGUCAAUGGAUCAAUACUCCAAGGAACUGUGACAAAUGGAAGAGGAUUUAUUGAGGAUGAUUCACUUAAGCUCCAAUGCAGAUAUCUCUUUCCAUUGAUACGUUUCAAGUGGCUUAUGGAGUUUCCUAUGGACUGUGAUUGGUGUGCAGUGGCGAAAAAAAACUGGCUGCAUUUGCCGGAGACGAUGCUCCACGUGCUGUGUUUCCUAGCAUUCUGGGCGCUCGUCGCAGUGGCGUGAUGCAUGGCCAAGGCAACAAAGAUUAUUAUGUCGGUGAUGAGGCACAGUCUAGGUGUGGAACUCUGAACAUCAAGUAUCCCAUGGAAAAGGGAAUCGUAACCGAUUGGGAUGCCAUGGAAAGGGUUUUGCAUCAUACCUUGUAUGAGGAGCUUCAUGUUGCCCCAGAAGAGCAUCCAGUUCUACUAAGUGAUGCUCCUCUUAAACCCAAGGCUAAUCGUGAGAAAAUGGCCCAAGUCAUGUUUGAAACUUUUAAUACCCCAGCUUUGUGUGUAUCAAUUGGAGCUUAUCUUGCACUACUUGCAAGUGGUCGUGUGACUGGAAUUGUGUUGGACUCGGGUCACGGUGUCACCUGCGCUGUCCCUAUCUACGAGAAUUAUGUCUUCAAAGAAGCCAUCCAUCGUGGCGACGUGGCGGGUGGUGACCUCACGGAUUUCUUGAAGGAGGCUUUGACAGAGCGAGGGUAUGAUAAUUUAACCUCCUCAGCUGCUGACCGUGAAAUUGUAAGGGAGAUGAAAGAAAAGCUGGCUUACGUUGCGCUUGACUAUGAGCAAGAAAUGGAGAAAGCUAAGAACAAUCCUUCUUCUGUGGAGAAGCACUACGAGUUGCCUGAUGGGCAGGAAAUCAUCACCGUUGGCAGCGAGCGUUUCAGAUGUCCGGAAGUCCUAUUCCAACCAUCCAUGAUAAGGCGUGACCCUUUGGCAAAAACUGGAAUUCAUGAAAUGAUAAAUGAAUCCAUAAGGAAAUGUGAUGAUGAAGAGGUUAGGAAACAUCUAUAUGGCAAUAUUGUCCUAUCAGGAGGAUCAACCUUGUUCCCAGGAAUUGCUGAUAGAUUGACCAAAGAAAUUUCUGCAUUAGCCCCUAGGGGCAUGAAGAUCAAAGUGAUAGCACCACCUGAGAGGAUAUACAUGGUCUGGAUUGGUGGUUCUGUAUUGGCGUCACUCUCCUCCUGCCAACAGAUGUGGAUUACAAAGGCAGAAUAUGAUGAUUGUGGGCCAUCAAUCGUGCAUAAAGAUAAAGAUAAUCUGUUUGGGAAUAAGUAAGGUGGUUGAAUGGGAAAGAUUACUAUUACAAUUCCUUGAGAAAGCAAUGCGCAAAUUAAAACCCUUUCUUAUAGCUUUUGGUAUUUGUUCAUGGAGUUCUCAUGUUUGUGAAUUUAAUUUAUUUAUUAUGGAAAUCAUGGCUAAGCAAUCCGUAUAAUUAAAUUAAAUAAGUUUCCUUGU